AUGGGGAAAUCUACAACAAACUAUGUUAAAGAUAAACAUAGUUCUGAUAACUAUGUCAGGAUUAACAAGCCCUUCUCUAGUUCUGAUAACUAUGUCAGGAUUAACAAGCCCUUCUCUAGUUCUGGUAACUAUGUCAGGAUUAACAAGCCCUUCUCUAGUUCUGGUAACUAUGUCAGGAUUAACAGUCCCUUCUCUAGUUCUGAUAACUUUGUCAGGAUUAACAGUCCCUUCUCUAGUUCUGGUAACUAUGUCAGGAUUAACAAGUCCUUCUCUAGUUCUGAUAACUUUGUCAGGAUUUACAGGCCCUGCUCUAGUUCUGAUAACUAUGUCAGGAUUAACAGUCCCUUCUCUAGUUCUGGCAACUAUGUCAGGAUUAACAGGCCCUGCUCUAGUUCUGGUAACUAUGUCGGGAAUAACAGUCCCUUCUCUAGUUCUGGUAACUAUGUCAUGAUUAACAAGCCCUGCGCUAGUUCUGGUAACUAUGUCAGGAUUAACAAGUCCUUCUCUAGUUCUGAUAACUUUGUCAGGAUUUACAGGCCCUGUUCUAGUUCUGAUAACUAUGUCAGGAUUAACAGUCCCUUCUCUAGUUCUGGUAACUAUGUCAGGAUUAACAGGCCCUGCUCUAGUUCUGAUAACUAUGUCAGGAUUAACAGUCCCUUCUCUAGUUGUGGUAACUAUGUCAGGAUUAACAAGUCCUUCUCUAGUUCUGGUAACUAUGUCAGGAUUAACAAGCCCUGCUCUAGUUCUGGUAACUAUGUCAGGAUUAACAGGCCCUGCUCUAGUUCUGGUAACUAUGUCGGGAAUAACAGUCCCUUCUCUAGUUCUGGUAACUAUGUCAUGAUUAACAAGCCCUGCGCUAGUUCUGCAAACGUCAAGGCUAACAAUAGAAAACGUCAGCCUCAACAGCAUCAAACGUCAACGUUAACACCAGCAAACGUCAGCCUCAAAGGCAGCAAAUGUCAGCCUCAACAGCAUCAAACGUCAGCUUCAACAGCAGGAAACGUUAGUCUCAACAGCAUCAAACGUCAGCCUCAACAGCAGCAAACAUCAGCCUCAAAGGCAGCAAACAUCAACCUCAAAGGCAGCAAACAUCAGCCUCAAAGGCAGCAAAUGUCAGCCUCAACAGCAGCAAACGUCAGUCUCAACAGCAACAAACGUCAGCCUCAACAGCAGCAAACGUCAGCCUCAACAGCAGCAAACGUCAGCCUCAAGAACAGCAAAUGUCAGCUUCAACAGCAGCAAACGUCAGCUUCAACACCAGCAAACGUCAGCUUCAACACCAGCAAACUUCAGCCUCAACAGCAGCAAACGUCAGCGUCAACAACAGAAAAUACCAAGUGCAACAGCAAAAUAAAUGUCAGUCAACAACAGAAAACGCAACGUGCAACAGCAGAAAAAGUCAGCGUCAACAACAGAAAACGUCACCUGCAACCACAGAAAAUGCAAUGUGCGACAGCAGAAAAAGUCAGUCAACAACAGAAAACGUCAGCGCCAACAACAGAAAACAUCAGCGCCAACAGAAAAUGCAAUGUGCAACAGCAGAAAAAGUCAGUCAACAACAGAAAACGUCAGCGCCAACAACAGAAAACGCAACGUGCAACAGCAGAAAACGCAACGUGCAACAGCAGAAAACGCAACGUGCAACAACAGAAAAGGCCAAGAUCAACACAAGCAAGCGAGUAG